AUGCGUGGACUGCGGCUCUCUCGUCACGCAUGGCGAUCACGCCCGUCCAGCGCGGCGGCGGCGCUGUGCACAUCAAGUAGCCGCACCGCAAGCAUGACAGGAGCGGCGGUUGUCGUCGCCGUCUCGUGCGGAACUCCAGCAGUGUCUGCAGUGUACAGCACGUGGUGCUUUUAUAGUACGACACAAACGAAGCAAAGCACCAACGAAGAUGUGAAUAGCCCCAGAAACACUGCCGUGGACACCAGUGUGGACGCCGACGCAACGAGCGAGGACGCUAUGGAUCUCGUAUGGUCAGCCAUACCCGACGUGCAUGAACGGUAUCACGAGGCAACGUUGAAGAGCAACCAGCAGGAGCACGGUGCUGCCACAUCGACCCGUGCGACAAGGGGCUCGCCUCACGAGGAUAGUCGAGCAUCCAAUGCGAACGACACAGCCGCAUCCUCGCCGGUGCCACCGGUGUCGUACGUGUGGGUAUCGCUGCACAACAUGCCCCGCAACUGGCUUCAUGAAGACAUUGUGGAGAUGAUCCACCAAGUUGCCGAGCAUGCAGGCAUCGCCACGCCCAAGGCUCACCACCCACCACACUCUGCUUCGGGUCUAGAGAACGACGCGACAAGAAAAGAGGACGAAGAGGGUUACACCGACAAGGAAACCAGCAGCGUGCUGAGCUGCAUGUCCUCGCCGUUUGUCCGCCGCCUACACAUUCCCUUCGGCCGCCGCACCGGCCUUGUGUACGGCAGCCCGAAGCUGCUACUCACCUCUCCGCAGCUUGCCGACUAUCUCAUCCAUCAACUCACCUUCGACCCAGAUGACUUCCGCAGUCGUGUGUAUUUCACGCGCACAAAUCCAGAAGAGCUGCCCAGCGGCUAUCAGCAGCAGCAGCCACACGAGGGGGGUGGUGCUGGACGUGGUGCAGCCAACAGCGACGGGGUGGCGCAAGUUACGUACACACCGAUUGAGGAGACGGUGGAGCGGGAGCAGGAUGAGGCGCUGUACACCUUGGUGCUCGACCGCUAUCUAUUCGCCCCAGACCUGCUCCUCGACAUUGCUAAGUCGCAUCAGAGGCGGCUCGUUACUAAAAACGAGAAGGUGCUACUCAACGCCUUUCUCGACGGCGAGGAGGACAGCGAUGAUGAGGAGGCGGACGAAGAUGGCGAGGACGUCGAGGAUGGCGACGCAGCAGGCGGCGACAGCGGUGUCGACGACGAUGCUGAAGUUGCUGCUGCGUCGCUCGCGCGCCGCCAACGGCAGCGGCACCGUGCAAAGUCGAGCCGCGGGUCCAGUAAGAAGAAGGAGUCACGCCCCAUAUGCCGUGUCCGGGCGGGAACGCAGAAGCAUCUGGGGCGCGGCUCCAUGCACAACAUGCCCAUCCCGAAGCCCUACGUAGAGGGUCGCAAUCUGUAG